UUGUUCAAGAUGGCCAGGGUGGCUGGGUCGGUGUUGAUUCUAGGGUUGUGCUGUUUAUCGCCAGCAUCAGUAUGGGGGAAGGGAAUGUUAUUUCCAAGAGAUUCGGAAUCCAGACAGAUCAGGAAUUUAGAUGGAAUGUGGAAUUUCCGUAUUGAUACGUCGUCAAACCGGAAUCAAGGCUUUGAACAAAAAUGGUUUUCGUCACCACUCCAGCAGUCUGGUCCUGUGGUUACGAUGCCAGUCCCAUCAAGUUAUAACGAUGUCUUGGCGGAUAAAACAAUCCGUGAUUUUGUUGGAUGGGCGUGGUAUGAUAGAGAAUUUUUUGUGCCCUCUGAUUGGAUGAAUAAAAGGGUUGUAUUGAGAUUUGAAAGUGCUCAUUAUUAUUCUAUCGUGUACGUCAACUCUCAGCAAGUUAUGACUCACAAUGGAGGACAUUUACCGUUUGAGGUAGAAAUCAACCAGUAUGUUAAUGCUAACGGACCAAAUCGUGUGACCUUGGCCUUGAAUAACACCUUGACCCCAGAUACCCUACCACCUGGAACGGUUCGAUAUGAGACCGACACAAACAGAUAUCCAGCAGGUUAUUUUGUACAGAAUGUUCAAAUGGAUUUUUUUAAUUAUGGCGGCAUCCAUCGACAUGUUCGAAUUUAUUCCACACCGAAGACAUAUAUUGAUGAUAUUACAAUAACAACAGAUAUACAGGAUACCACAGGAAUUGUGAGGUAUGAAGUUACAGCGGGUGGUCAACCAGGGUUUGUAGCUGGGGAAGUAGCCAUCUUGGAUAAAAUGGGGAACGUUGUAGGAAGUAAACAAUCUUUAAAUGGGACAAUAGAGAUACCAAACGCUAAUUUCUGGUGGCCGUAUACCAUGAAUACAUCCAGUCCAGGCUACCAGUAUACACUAAAGGUGACACUAGGUCAGUCAACAACCAAUGAUAAAGAUGUUUAUCGUUUACCGUUUGGAAUUCGUACCGUAAACAUGACAACCAAUCAAUGGUUGAUAAAUAAUCAGCCAUUUUACUGUCAUGGUGUCAACAAACAUGAAGAUGCUGAUAUACGAGGUAAAGGUUUAGAUUACGCCCUGAUAGCUCGUGAUUUUAGUAUGUUAAAAUGGCUGGGUGCCAAUUGUUUCCGAACGUCACAUUAUCCAUACGCGGAGGAGAUCCUGGAUCAAGCCAGUGAACAGGGUAUCGUUAUUAUAGAUGAAAGUCCAGGUGUUGGAAUAACGGAAUUAGAUAAUUUUGACAACGCAUCGUUAUCACAUCAUAUGGAGGUUAUGGGAGAAAUGGUUCGUAGAGAUAAAAAUAAACCAGCUGUUCUUGUCUGGUCUGUGGCCAAUGAACCCCGCAGUGGACUCUCUGCUGCUGGACCUUAUUUCAAAUCUGUGAUAGGUCAUACACGAAGCCUUGACCCCACACGACCUGUGACCUUUGUAUGUAACAAUGAUUAUGAAGAUGAUUUUGCAAUACCAUAUGUUGAUAUUAUAUUGAUCAACCGUUAUUACGCCUGGUAUUCCGAUAACGGCCAUACAGAAGUUAUACAACUACAACUAGACUGGGAUUUAACCAACUGGAGAAAAAAAUACAACAAACCUAUCAUGGUAUCAGAAUAUGGUGCUGAUACUAUAGCUGGUCUACACAGGGAACCAUCAUUUGUAUUUAGUGAAGAAUACCAGGUGGAUUUUAUGUCGGAAUAUCAUCAGAUAUUCGAUAAGCAUCGAAAUAAUUUCUUUGUAGGAGAAUUAGUGUGGAAUUUUGCUGAUUUUAUGACAGUUCAAGGUAUAACUCGAGUUAAUGGAAAUAGAAAAGGUUUACUAAGCAGACAACGAGAACCAAAGGCUUCGGCCCAUUUACUCCGAAAACGCUAUAUGGCCAUGUUUAAUUCUACAGCUGCCGAUCAAACUUUUAAACCAUGUUCUGGUGUUUGACGAUUAUCUAGUAGAGAGAGAGUUUAACAAUUAAUUAACGAAAUCUUUUAUAUUUUUUUAAAACUAUGCUAUGAAAUAAUUUUUGCAGUUUUUCUAAUUUUUUACUUUUUACUUCAUGUUUUAUCUUUAAAACAGGGAUUUAAAAAUGUCAGAAUCGGUAAAUGUUUUAAGGGUCAAAUGUAAUUUAUAUUUAAUUCAUUCUUCUGUCUCCAGCAUUUAUAACAUAAACCAUGACUUUUAGUGUUACAUUGUGUUUGAGUAGCAUACUAAUUUCAUUGUGCCCAUCAUCUCAAAGCUAUGAUUGUGUUCAAUAUUUUACGCUUAACACACAUAUACAUGUGUAGUGAUGUCCAAAGAAACUGCACCAAGAAAACAAUUGCUUUAAUCAACUGGGUUUUGUCUUCUUUCGAUUUAUGUGUGUUGGGGAGAAGGGAUUUUUUUAUGAGAAACUUGAAUGUUUUUUAAAUGCCUACUUAUCAUAUAAUGAAAUCCGUUGUAUAUCAUUCCAUGCCUUAUAUUUACAUUUUAAUUAUUUAUCAUUGGCAAUAAAUCAAAAUCGUAUUUUUAUAAACCACCAAAAGUGCAUAUUAAACACCUAUUUCAAGA